AUGGAAUUCCUCAAACACCUCCCAGAAACACUAUCAGCAGUCCCCCCCUCAACAUACUGCCAAACAUUCUUCCUCCUAGCAACCACAGUCGUCCUAUCACUACACAUCCUCCCCAAUGAAGCACGCAACACACUCACCAGCUACGGCGCGCGGCGGUCCGACACCGCACCACCGCAAUCUAAUACGCUUUCUCUCCUCCGAAAAGUAACAUCGAUAGGACAGGUGCCCCAUUCGUUCUUCUGGCACUUCUAUCUCCUUUCGACGUGCCUAUCUGCCGUUUGGGCAUGGCAGUAUCUUGCGCAGGGGGCGGGGAUGGGCUUUAUAGCAGAGAAGCAGGUCUUGUUCAAGGAGCCGUCUGUGGAGCUGGGACGCGUGUUUCUGGCGUGGAUGAUGAUGGCUCUUCAGGGUGGGAGGAGGUUGUAUGAGUGUUUUUGGGUGGUGAAGCCUGGGAGGACGCCUAUGUGGGUUGUGCAUUGGGCUUUGGGGUUGUCGUUUUAUGCGAUUAUGAGUGUCUCUGUGUGGGUGGAGGGAUCUGGGGCUAUUCUUGAGUCGUGGGAAACUCCCAAGGCAGCUGUGCUAUUGUCUUCGCGUGUUCCGUCUACGCUGGCCGUGUUCUUUGCUGCUUGGAUCAAGCAGAAUGCGUGUCAUAGACAUCUGGCCAGUUUGAAAAAGUACACGCUGCCGAGUGAGGGCAUGUUCAAGUAUAUUGUCUGCCCACAUUAUACAUGCGAGUGCGCCAUAUAUCUUGCCAUUUCGUACAUGGCAGCGCCGCCUGGAAAGACGUUCAACAUGUCCGUCUUGUGUGGGCUCGCUUUUGUCGUGGCUAAUCUCGGCUCUACGGCAUACGGUACCAAGCAGUGGUAUGCUGAUAAGUUUGGUGCAGAUAAGGUGGCUAAAAAAUGGAGUAUGAUUCCCGGUAUAUUCUAG